GUAGCUGUUAAUUUAAGUUAAAGGCUCACCGCAGACACCAUGGAGAACGACAGCCAAAGCAAAAGUUCGCAAAUCUCGAUGUGGUCCAUACAAAAGGGUACGACCACGAUGUUCCUCGCCGAGGUGGUGGGUACUGGGAUACUUCUGUUUGUUGGUUGUAUGGGUUCCAUAGGAACAAUGGGGCGAAUACUGCCGCCGCCAUUGCAGUCGUCGAUGGCGUUCGGUAUGACUGUCAACCUUCUGAUUAUGAUGUUAGGACACGUGAGUGGUGCGCAUUUAAAUCCCGCUGUCACGAUAGGGGCGGUUGUUCUUAAAAUUAAAUCUAUCCCGACCGGUAUCGUCUACGCUGUAGGACAAUUCAUUGGUGCCACUAUUGGAUAUGGAUUACUAAUGACAGUAACUCCGCCCGAGUUGUUCAAUGAUGGAGUCUCGAAUUCGUCGGUGGGCCACUGUGUAACAACCGUUCAUCCCAGAAUCAGCACCACGCAAGCCGUUUUGGUCGAAAUUCUUUGUACAUCGUUCAUACUUUGCGCAGCCUGCGCAACUUGGGACCCAAGGUGCGCCCACACAACAGAUUCCACAGCGAUCAGAUUUGGUUUCUCCGUCGUCGGAGUUUCACUUGCAGCGAGCCCUUACACUGGCUGUAGCAUGAAUCCUGCGCGUACUUUCGCGCCAGCGUUUUGGAACGGAAACUGGACGGAUCAAUGGAUUUACUGGUUCGGACCGACUGUAGGCGCUUUUCUCGGAACGUAUACCUAUGUGCUUCUAUUUGCCGAAAAGAAAUCGGAUAUACAGAACGAUCGUAUCCAAUUUCUGGAAUUGAAACCGAUUAAUGCGUCGUUGAAGGAUUUAAGUUGCAAGCUAGAAAGAAAUAUCAACGGAGGAAAUCUCGAACUAAUGCCAGCUGAGGAAGCUGCUUGAUAACUUGUUAAGGUAUGAUCGUUGCAUGAUCCACAUAUUAUCAACUGCCAGCAACAGUCUUCCAUGAUAUUCAAGGUAGUUCGGUGACGCCACCGCAGGUGUCGCUAUACGCUACAAAAUGGCGUAUACUUCCUCUGAUAUACAUACAGUACAUAUAUCUCAUUUACAUAUAUUUUUCAUACAUACUAUAUUUAUCUAGUUUUGCAUUUAUUGGAGAACGAAAUUGACAUUACUUAUACUACCUCAUAAUUAUUUGACAAUACAAAUAUAAUUUUCAAGUUGGUUAUUUUGUCAUAAUGUGUUGGUAACAUGAUUUUAUUUAGCUUAAUUUAUUUAAUGUUCCCUAUUGAUGCAAGAGUAGAUUGUAUUAGUAGAAAACUUGACAUUUUUUUGAAUUAUGCAACAAUUCGUAUGGUGAAUUUGAAGAUUUUCAUAUUUGUAUAAAGAAAAAUAUAUGGAUAAAUAUAUUUAAGUUAAUUAAAAAACUCAAAGCGAGAUAAUUUCUCCCAAGCGUAGGUAAUGUUCGGAAGGUCCGAGUACCGUCUAAAUAUUUUUGACUAUUGAUACAAUCCGUGUGGUUUCUAUUUAAAGUCGUUCUAUUUUCACAAUAACCACAGCAUUGUCCUCAAUGAUCUACAUAACGAAGCAAGCUAAUUGAUGCGAUAAUACAUCAAGAGUAUAGCCACGUUAACCCUGUGGUGGCCGCGGUCAUAAAAAUUCUUUUGGAGGUUAGGUUAUUCUGAGAGAUAAUUCCAAGAGACAUAACAACUUAAAAUCUAUCACUAGCUGCAGCGCUAAUUUUUGCGAACAGAUCGUAUAAAUACACGAGAUAUUUU